GUUCAAAACAAUACUUGAAGUUCCGCCUGUCUCGCGCCGUGUCCUCAUGAAGAUGUCUCAAAAUACCCCCGACAAAGACGACCAAACGUCAGCCAACAAAAAAAUCAUCUCGCUCCCAAUAUCCAGAGUGAGGUUGAUAAUGAAGAGCUCCCCCGACGUGUCCAGCAUCAACCAGGACGCUCUCUUCCUCACCACCAAGGCGACAGAGCUGUUUGUGCAGCACUUGGCUCUGGCUUCAUUCAACAACGGCACCGGGAAGGAAACCAACUCUCUGUCAUACACCGACCUGGCUAACACCGCAGAGGAGACGGAGACUUUCCACUUUCUAACAGACAUCCUGCCGAAGAAGAUCUUGGCUCGAGAUUACCUCAAAUCUCUGGAGCAAAUGCAAGAAGAUGACGAUGCUGACUUUUAAAAAUGACGACGGCUGCAUUUCACGUCUGGACAGAUGUUAUCAAAUGUACAUGUCCUGUCUUUCACUGAGAGCACUGGCAGAAGAGACACCCUUAACUUUCUCAGUGCUUUGAAAUACAUUGCCAGAGUUCAGGUGUAGGGCUCAGGCAAGACGCUAGUGGACAUGGCACUAAAAGUAAGCCACGUAGGGCAAAUGUGAAAUCUGGAAGAGUCAGAGAUCACCUUCAAAUACAAGAACACACAGAGUCAUAGAGGAACAUAGAAGUUGUACUGUAUGUCUUACAUUAAUUAAUAUAAUCAAUGUUGUUUCAAUGGCCUGAACAAAGCAGCCGUAUAUAAAUCAUAACCCCAAAAGAUUCUGAAGAUUUUACAAUUUCAGAAAAAUUUUGCAUUUUGCCCGUAUUGCUCAACUAUCCUUGAAGGUUUUCUAGUAAAGAGCUGCAACGAUAAGUCAAUCCAAUGAAAAUUAAUCGCCAACCAUUUUGAUAAUUAAUCCUUUCAGUUAUUUUCAAGCAAAAUUGUCAAAUAUUUGCUGGUUCUAGCUUCUUAAAAAUGUGACAAUUUAUUGCUUUUCUUUGUCAUUUAUGACUGUAAAUGAUGUAUGAUGUGGUAAAUGUAUGGCAGUCUUUGGGUUUUGGACUGUUUGUUGGAAAAAGAGGCAAUUUGGAAAUGUCAGUUCGAGCUCUGGAAUAUUGUGAAGAGCAUUUUUCAUAGAUUUUUUGACACUUUAUAAACCAAACGAUUAAUCAGUUAAUGGUGAAAAUAGAGCAGAUUUUCUGAUAAGGAAAAUAAUUGGUAGUUGCAGCCCUAUUCUAGUAGCAGUGUCUUGUAAAUGUGCUUGUUUUGCAUGCACAACAAUCAGAAGGAGUAUAACAAAUGUUCUCCACAGCUUGCAGGCCUCACUCCAUGUAACAGAUCAAGACACAGCUGGUGAACAGACGUCUCAGCUCCUGAGUUAAUUGCCUUUAAAACAUGAUUGGGUGAACACUUUCCUUUAGCAAUGCUGCCAAACAUUGAUUUCAAAGUGAAACAUGCUGUUGUUACUGAUUCUGUGUUACACAUGAUCGUUGUUUUUUGUUCAGGAUUUUGUCAUGUUUGAGUAGUUUAUCAUAAAUACUUGAAAGUUGUUUAAUCAAAAGUUCAAAUACCUCUUUUUUUCCAGCUUAACUACGAAGCAACUGAACAUGCUAAGUCUUUCCAAAAGAAAAUUCACUCUCAGCCUGGUAGAUGUGAAUAUUUAAAGUGUAUAUAACAGCUGACCACCUUGCAACACAUCGUCCUCAUGAAUUUACAAAUUAAUUGUUUAGAUUUGAUAUUAAAAUAAAGAUUCAUGCUGUCUAAUGUU